AUGGACACUGCUACAAUUAUUUCAGAUCUUUCUCCUGUCUCAUUGGGAGUGGCUAUAGUUUCUGCUCUUGUUGGUGCUUUACUCUAUGGUAUUGGGCUCGUAAUCUAUCGUUUAACCCUUCAUCCGCUGGCCAAAUUCCCGGGUCCGAAAGUGGCAGCAGCUACAAAGUGGUAUGAGUUUUAUUUCGACUGCAUAAAAUCCCCUGGAGGCCAGUUUCUGUGGGAGACCUAUCGCAUGCAUGAGAAAUAUGGCCCUAUCGUCAGGAUAAAUCCAGAUGAGCUCCAAGUGGCUGAUCCAGACUGGUAUGAUACUUUGAACGCCGCCGGAGGAGCAAUUCGACAUAAGUAUCCUCCAGCAGCCAACUUGGUUGGGACCCCUUUAGGAGUAUUCGGUACAAUCGAUCAUCACGUUCACCGUAUAAGGAAAGCGCCAGUCGCGUCCUAUUUUGGCAGAGGCUCCGUCAUUCAGUCCCAGUCCGUCCUACGUUCUGGUGUCGAGGAGCUGAGUGAUCGAUUUCAUCAACUAUAUGUCUCAGGGGAUACGAUCAAUCUACGAGCUACCUUACUCGCAUUUGCAACAGAUCUUCUUGCUAUCUAUGGUUUUGGUGGUUCUUUGGGCAUCUCAGACUCGGAGGAAAAAGUUAUGGAAUUCAUGCAUACCAUGAAUGCAGUAGCUGUCGUUACACCUUUCUUCAAACAAUUCCCUGAUUUGUUGCCAUGGCUUUUCAUGCUCAAGCCGUGGAUGGUGAAGUUGAUCUAUCCUGCAGUGCUUCCCAUGUUGAAAUUACAUCGAGUGAGAAUACCGCCAAAUGUAUGGAGAUGGAAAGACGCUGACAUGAGUGAAGAGAAACCAGAAGCUUUAACGCAAUAUCAUCCCAGUGAUAUAUUUGAUGGCAUUCUCAACAGCAAUCUUCCGGAACAUGAGAAGAGUGUCGACCGUCUCUCUCAGGAUGCAUUUUUAGCCAUCACUGCUGGCAGUGACCCUAUAGCUCGUACAGUGGCUAUUGGGACAUAUUACUUACUCGUGAGUCCUGAUAAUAUGAAGUUACUCCAGGAUGAGUUAGACACGGUUAUGCCAGAUCGUACCAAACUUCCAGAGCUAUUAAAGCUUGAGACACUUCCGUUUUUAGUGGCAGUGGUGAAGGAGACCAUGCGGAUUGUUGGCCUGGCCGCGUCCAGGUUACCAUUGAUAAGCGAAACACCUAUGCAGUACAAAGAAUGGGUCAUUCCAGCGCGCACGCCUGUCGGCAUGAGCAUCCACCAGGUCAUGCAUGACAAGAAAUAUUUCCCUGAUCCAGAUACUUUCAGACCCCGAAGAUGGCUGGAGAAGCGCGAGGAUGGAGUACAGCUGGAGAAGUAUUACGUGCCAUUUGGUCGUGGAACUCGGAUGUGUGUUGGUCAACACUUUGCCCAGGCGGAGAUUUACCUCGUGAUGGCAGCCAUAUUCCGUCGCUUCAAUCUGCAGCUCGUUGAUACGGACUUCAAAAGGGACAUCGAGACUGUUCGAGACUGCUUCCUCACGGAGGCACGCUUAGAAAGUCAAGGGAUCCGCAUCAAGGUAGUCGGCGAGCGUCCUUAA